AUGGGUGGAGGCAGUCCCAUGCAGACCGUGCUGUCGGCUCCCGGCGUCAAUGACGGGAAAGUGGUCUCCUUCACCCUCGACGCGGCGACCGACGAGAAGGACACCGUCGCCGGCCUCAUCCGCUCCAUCAUCGCCACGUCGAGCCCCGCCCAGCGGACCGCCUUCCACGUCUUCCACAUCAACACCGUCGUCGACCUCUUCUCGGCGUGGCGCCGCACGCUCCCCGACGUGCGCCCCUACUACGCCGUCAAGUGCAACCCUGACCCGGCGCUCGAUCCUGGGCGCGCUGGCCGCGCUGGGCGCCGGGCCGUGCUCGCGCUCGGCGUCGGCGUCGGCGGCAUCCCGCCCGGCGCCAACCGCAGCAACGUCUACGCCAACCCCUGCAAGGCCGAGCCCCACCUCGAGUACGCCGCGGAGGCCGGCGUCGCGCUCGCCACCUACGACACCGAGUCCGAGGUGGCCAAGGUCGCGCGCUGCCACCCGAGGUGCGAGCUCCUGCUCCGCCUCAAGGGCCCCGAUGGCGGGACCACGGGCGGCGACCUGAUGAACAAGUACGGCGCGCACGCGCACGAGGUGUCCCCGCUCCUCCGCGCCGCGCAGCGGGCCGGGGUCGCCGUCGCCGGCGUCUCCUUCCACGUCGGGAGCCCCGUGUCCCGCGUCGACGUGUAUCGCGGCGCCACCAACUCCGCACGCGCCGCGUUCGACGCGGCCGUCGCCCUCGGCAUGCCGCCCAUGCGCGUCCUCGACAUCGGCGGCGGGUUCAGGGCCGGCGCCGCCUUCGACGAGGCCGCGGCGGUCAUCAACGACGCGCUGGCGGACGUCUUCGGCGACCUGCUGCCGUGCGUGGAGGUGAUCGCCGAGCCGGGGCGGUACUUCGCCGAGACAGCGUUCACGCUGGCCGCGCGCGUCAUCGGGAAGCGCGUGCGCGGUGAGGCGCGCGAGUGCUGGAUCGACGACGGGCUCUACGGCUCCCUCAACAACGUGCUCAUGGACCACAAGGUCCCGCGCCCGAGACCGCUCGCCGGCGCGUGCCCCGGCGAGAAGACGUACGCGUCGACGGUGUUCGGGCCGACGUGCGACUCGCGGGACCUGGUGGUCACCGGGUACCAGCUGCCGGAGAUGUGCGUUGGCGACUGGCUCGUCUUUGACAACAUGGGCGCCUACUCCACAGGUGCCGGCUCCAAGUUCAACGGCUUCGACAUUUCGGAGAUGAAGAUCUACGUGGCCUACUCCAGCUGA